GCGGGUCUUUUAUUUUGAAAGGUCUCCGCCGGCCGCUCCUGUUACUGCCCCGGUUUUAUCGUUGCAGGGUUCCUGGUCUCGGUGCGCGUGCGGCUUAAAACAACCCAGAGCAGCCAUGGCGUCCAUGUCAAUGGCCCCAGUGAACAUCUUCAAGCAUGGAGCUGAUGAGGAGAAAGCAGAAACUGCUCGACUGUCCUCCUUCAUUGGCGCCAUUGCUAUCGGGGAUUUAGUGAAGAGCACUCUUGGACCGAAAGGAAUGGACAAAAUUCUCCUGGGUGGUGGUCGGGAAGGUUCUGUUACAGUGACUAACGACGGUGCAACCAUUCUGAAAGCUAUUGGUGUGGAUAACCCUGCCGCCAAAGUGCUGGUUGAUAUGUCCAAGGUCCAGGAUGAUGAAGUUGGGGAUGGUACUACAUCUGUGACAGUGCUGGCAGCUGAGCUGCUCAGGGAAGCAGAGCUCCUUAUUGCCAAGAAGAUCCAUCCUCAGAUCAUCAUCUCUGGGUGGAGGAAAGCAACCCAGGCUGCACGUGAAGCUCUGAGGGAGUCAGCAGUGGACCAUGGUAACGACGAGGUGAAAUUCCAAGAGGAUCUGCUGAACAUUUCCCGCACCACUCUGUCAUCAAAACUGCUUACUCAUCAUAAAGACCACUUUGCCAAGCUGGCUGUGGAGGCCGUGCUUAGGCUAAAGGGAUCUGGCAACCUGGAGGCCAUCCAUGUCAUCAAGAAGCUGGGAGGCAGCCUUAUAGACUCUUACCUGGAUGAAGGUUUUCUACUUGACAAGAAAAUUGGUGUCAACCAGCCUAAGAGGCUUGAGAAUGUAAAUAUCCUCAUUGCUAACACUGGCAUGGACACAGACAAGAUCAAGAUUUUUGGCUCCAGAGUGCGCGUGGACUCCACAGCAAAAGUGGCAGAGAUUGAGCUUGCAGAGAAAGAGAAAAUGAAGGAGAAAGUGGAGCGCAUUCUGAAGCAUGGCAUCAACUGCUUCAUCAACAGGCAGCUGAUCUAUAACUACCCUGAGCAGCUCUUUGCAGCUGCAGGCGUCAUGGCCAUUGAGCAUGCAGACUUCGUUGGAGUGGAGAGGCUGGCACUGGUUACAGGGGGAGAGAUCACAUCUACCUUUGACCAUCCUGAGCUGGUGAAGCUUGGCCACUGUAAACUGAUUGAGGAGGUGAUGAUCGGAGAGGACACUCUUAUCCGUUUCUCUGGAGUGGCUAUGGGUGAAGCCUGCACGAUCGUGCUCCGCGGGGCGACUCAGCAGAUCCUGGAUGAGGCUGAGCGUUCUCUCCAUGAUGCUCUGUGUGUGUUGGCUCAAACCGUUAAAGAGACUCGCACAGUCUAUGGAGGAGGCUGCUCAGAGAUGUUAAUGGCUAAAGUGGUUACAGACUUGGCCAACAGAACCCCAGGCAAAGAAGCUGUGGCCAUGGAGUCCUUCGCCAAAGCACUGAGAAUGCUACCAACCAUUAUUGCAGAUAAUGCAGGAUACGACAGCGCAGACCUUGUGGCUCAGCUGAGAGCUGCUCACCAGGAGAACAAGACCACUUUUGGCUUGGACAUGACACAGGGGACGAUCGGUGACAUGGCAGAACUGGGCAUCACAGAGAGCUUCCAGGUGAAGAGGCAGGUAGUGCUGAGUGCUGCCGAAGCCGCUGAGAUGAUCCUCCGUGUGGACGACAUCAUUAAGGCAGCACCCAGGAAACGAGUUCCAGACCACCAUCCUUGUUAAGGCUGAGUGAGGAGAAGGAGAACAAUUGGAGUAAUAGUGGGGAACAGCCUGUGUAUUUAUUACCUGAGACAGCCUCCAUUCUUCUUCGGUUUGUCUGCUUUCAAGUCACUGUGCUGUUAUUGUGUUAGCACUGCAAAGGCUGUCUUUGUGUCAUGCCUGUACACUUCCAAAAUGACUGAGGCGUUUUGUUUUUGUUUUGUUUAUUCAAAAAAAUAAAUCUUUCGAGCGGG